AGAGGGUCGAUACCUACACAUCUACACUCUCUAGUAAUAUGUGUGCUGAUGUAGUUGAUGAACCAAUUGAGAACAAAGAUCCCCUUAGCCUGGAGAAGUCACACAAAGAAGAUGGAGAAAGAACACUGGCUGUACCUGAAACGUUCAAUUCCCCAGUAGCAAUAAACAAUGUUCUUAGUGAAAGCGAAGUAGAUACAAGUGAAAACCCAGUUUCUGUACCCAUACUCAACUCAGAUAACCCUGGACUUUCACUUCAGAGCCAUGCCAGCAGUUUUACUAUUACAAACUGUCAAGUUUAUAUCCAUAAUCACUACCACAAGUAAAACUCAGUCACCAGUAUUCUUUGUAAGAGCCUAGUAGAUGCACAAA